ACAUGACGCGGCAACGCCUAAAUAUUUGUGUCGGCUAAAUCAAGCCGCAACGACACACACACACACAAAACCCUUCUUCUUCUUCUUCCCCCUCUCAACAGAGGUUCAACAGAUCUUCAGCAGCAUUGCAGAUCUAGGGUUUUACUAGGGUUCCAGUUCCGAUGACGACACCGUCUCAUUUACCCGUAACCGCCGCUCAGGUGGGAACAUACUUUGUUGGACAUUAUUAUCAGGUGCUUCAAACGCAACCGGAUUAUGUUCACCAGUUUUACAGUGACAGGAGCACCUUGCUUCGUGUUGAUGGUCAUAACAGAGAAACUGCCACUUCAAUGCUGCAAAUACACGCGCUUGUUAUGUCGCUUAACUAUACGGGAAUAGAAAUCAAGACGGUGCACGCGCUCGAGUCGUGGGAUAGAGGUGUUCUUGUGUUGGUUUCAGGUUCUGUGCACGUUAAAGAUUUUAGCGUGAAGAGGAAUUUCGUGCAGACGUUUUUCCUCGCGCCUCAGGAGAAAGGAUACUUUGUUUUGAAUGAUAUCUUUCACUUUAUCGAUGACCAGCCAAAUUAUCAUCAUCCUGUUGCGUUUAUGACGCAGAACGAUUUGGUAUCCAAAAUGAAUGCUUCAACUGCACUUCGGGAACAAGCGUCAAGCUACAUGUCGGGCAGUGAUAUCCAUGCAAGGGAUUUUGUGCAGCCUGCUGUGGUUGUGGAAAACGGUACCGCGAACAAUUACGGUUUUCAAGAGCAACAGUUGCAAGCUCCUGUGGCUGAAAGUAUUCUUGAAGACAGUUACGCUGUGCAGACAAAUGGUUCAGUUCAAAACUCAGUUAACGCACUUCAAAAUCAUAUGACUCCUGUCGAGGAAGUUGUUGAAGAGCCCCAAAAGCAUACUUAUGCUUCCAUCCUGCAAGUAGCCAAAGGGCAUUCGGCACCAUCGGCACCUAGAGAACAGUCGUUCAAGAAGAGUACAUCCGUUUCAGAGUUAAACCAUGUGUCUGAGUCACCUGCGCAACAGUCCGCUGCAGCAUUAACGGAGGCGGUUGAGGACCCAUCUGUUGUCGAUGAUGAAGCUGAGGUGAAGUCUGUUUAUGUGAAAAACGUGCCAUCCACUGCAACUGCGUCUGAUAUCGAGGAAGAGUUUAAGAAAUUUGGUAAGAUCAGACAAGAUGGUGUUGCAAUCAGAACCCGAAAGGAUCUAGAUGUCUGCUAUGCGUUUGUUGAGUUUGAAGACAUCACUGGUGUUCACAAUGCAAUCAAGGCAUCUACUGUUGAGAUCGGUGGGCAGCAGGUCACUAUCGAAGGAAGGCGAGCAAAUAGAAUCAAUAUAUAUCGAGGUGGAAGAGGUGGACGAGGAAGAGGCAGGGGUGGGUAUCAAAACGAAGGAAAUGGAAGAGGAGCGCGUUUUGGAAACAGAAACUACAACAACCGAGGAAACGGGCACGGUCAUGAUGGUAAUGAUUACAACCGACCAAGAGGCAAUGGCUAUUAUCGUCGUCAAGGUCAAGAGAACCGGCCCCAUUCCAACUCGCACCAUGUUUCCAAAAACGGUCACAUCUCAUCUGAUUGAAGUAUUGAACCCCCUUUUUGGGUUAUUAUGUCUGUACUGGUUCAUUAUAUAGUCUUGAAAGAAAGCAACAUGUAGUGAGGUGUUUUUUUUUAAAGUUCAGUUAUGCUGUGGGUGUAUGCAUCCCGAUUUAUUUACAUCGGGACUUCAUUCUCAGUUAUAAAUUUUUGACCUACAGAAAUAAUAUUCAAAUAUCAGACACAAUGGUUUAUGCA